GAACAAAUAGCGGAGGGGUGGCCGGGCCAGAACGGCUUGUGUAACUUUGCAAACGUGCCAGAAAGUUUAAAAUCUCUCCUCCUUCCUCCACUCCAGACACUGCCGGCUCGCCGGGCCGCCGCGCCGCUCCCUAUCGCCUUCCAGAGCGCUGGGAAAGAGCAGAGGCGGGUGCCACGUCCCAGCAGCCGCCUGGACUGGAGGAGGGUCUGCAGCCCAGCCUUGCUGGGGACUACCAUACCCGCGCUCCACCGCCUCCCUGGUGGAAGAUUUCUCCCUCCCUCAACGAGAUUUCAGCCCAGUUUUCCUUUUUCUCUGAGCUACGUCCUCCCGGAGUGGGGGCCACCGGAGAAAGGGAGAGAUGCGCUUCGCCUGGACCGCGCUCCUGCUGGGGCCGCUGCAGCUCUGCACGGUCCUGCGCUGCACCCCGCCGGCCGCCGGCCAGCAGCAGCAGCAGCAGCAGCAGCCCCCUCGCGAUCCCCCUGCGGCUCCGGGCGCCUGGAGCCAGAAGAUCCAAUGGGAGAACAACGGGCAGGUGUUCAGCCUGCUGAGUCUGGGCUCGCAGUACCAGCCGCAGCGCCGACGGGACCCGAGCGCCGCCGCCCAGGGCGCCGCCAACGCCGCCGCCCCGCAGCCGCGCACGCCGAUCCUGCUGCUCCGCAACAACCGCACGGCGGCGGCCACCCGGGCGCGGACCGCUGCCCCGUCGGGAGCCGCCGGCGGCCGCCCCAGGCCCGCCGCCCGCCACUGGUUCCAGGCUGGCUACUCGGCGUCCGGGACCCGGGACUCCGGCCCCGCGCGCGCCAGGAACCGGACCGCGUCCGCAGAGCGCCCGGCGCUCAGUAACCUGAGGCUGCCUAGCCGCGUGGACGGCAUGGUGGGCGACGAUCCCUAUAACCCCUACAAGUACUCCGACGACAACCCCUAUUACAACUACUACGACACGUACGAAAGGCCCCGGCCUGGGAGCAGGUACCGACCCGGCUACGGCACCGGCUACUUCCAGUACGGUCUACCGGACCUGGUGCCAGAUCCCUACUACAUCCAGGCGUCCACUUACGUGCAAAAGAUGUCCAUGUACAACCUGAGAUGCGCUGCGGAGGAAAACUGCUUGGCCAGCUCAGCAUAUAGAGCAGAUGUCAGAGAUUAUGAUCACAGGGUGCUGCUAAGAUUUCCCCAAAGAGUGAAAAAUCAAGGGACAUCAGAUUUCUUACCAAGCCGACCAAGAUAUUCCUGGGAAUGGCACAGUUGUCAUCAACAUUACCACAGCAUGGAUGAAUUCAGCCACUAUGACCUGCUGGAUGCCAACACCCAGAGGAGAGUGGCUGAAGGCCACAAAGCAAGUUUCUGUCUGGAGGACACAUCCUGUGACUAUGGCUACCACAGGCGGUUUGCGUGUACUGCCCACACACAGGGGUUGAGUCCUGGCUGUUAUGAUACUUACAAUGCAGACAUAGACUGCCAAUGGAUUGACAUCACAGAUGUAGCACCUGGGAACUACAUCCUAAAGGUCAGUGUGAACCCCAGCUACCUGGUGCCUGAAUCGGACUAUUCCAACAAUGUCGUGCGCUGUGACAUUCGCUACACAGGACAUCAUGCGUAUGCCUCAGGUUGCACAAUUUCACCGUAUUAAAAAGCAAGCCAAGACUCCCAAUGGAUAAAUCAGUGCCUGGUGUUCUGAAGUGGGAAAAAUAGAUUAACUUCAGUAGGAUUUGUGUAUUUUGAAAAAGAGAACAGAAAACAACAAAGGAAUUUUAGUUUGGACUUUUUUUUUAUAACUAAGCACAUAACUGGAUUUUGAACAUUUAUAUUGGCAUUGUUUGGAAAAAUUUUUAAUAUUAUUAUUCACAUUAUUUUGUGAAUUGACAUGUUUCAAUUCUGUACUUGCACCCUUGGCUCUUUCAAAGAAAUCCAAAUUUCUUAUGCUCUUUUUGAAAUUAUAAUACAGAAGGGAAAGUAAUAUUGCAAUGAAUGAGCCACAAUUACUUUGAACUGGGAAUUUUCUAAAGUGCUGUAACUUCAGUGAACUACGGUAAUCAUUGGCUUAUAUAUGUCCUGGCUCCUACUGUUUAAAUAGGAAUGGACACAUUUGGUGCUGAGGAAGGAACAAAUGCAUUACCAUUGGUCUCAAAAAAUAUUACUAUAUAGCAGAGAAAUGGCAGUAUAUGUAUUCAGAUAGCUAUAUCCCUAUAUAAAAUUUAUGUUUACAUUUUUAAAUUAGUAGAUAAACUCCUUUCUUUCUAUCAAGUGUACACUCUGACAUAAGUCAGUUUUUAUUCUGGAACAAAUUGAAUAAUUGAGCUGCCCAACUCUCCCUGACAUUUGUUGAUGCUCCCCUCUACUCUUCAAUUUUCCUCUGGGCAGAAACCUUUUAAGUGCCAUCUUAAAAUUACCCUUCUGGGGACUGGUAUACAUAGGACAACUGUGUCAAUGGGAAGUUAUUCUGAUGACAAAUAUGAUACAUCCAAAAAUAAUGCACAAUUAAGUAUAUUGAAGUACUAGCCAAAUUUUUUUUUCUUAUGGACAUAAAAUAAAAAUCAUAAUGAACAAGUCCCUCAAACCACAACUGUCUCUCAAAUAAUUUUUAAAAAGUAAUGAAAACCAAUUUGAAAUUUUCAAAUUUUCUACAUUAAAAAAAAUGCAGCUUUAAAAAGAGGAAUGCUAGAAAGUUUUAAGUUAUCCAGAAUAAAUGACAUAAUAUGUGUGGAUACAGGAAUCAUAUCCUAUGUCAUCCAGGAAUCAGUCAUGUGGAGUGUGAGUGUGUGUGUGUGUGUGUGUGUGUGUGUGUGUGUGUGUGUCUGAAAUAUAAUCCAGAUUAGCAAAGCACACAGCAUUACAUACUUGAGGGGUUAGUGAAUAAGGAU